UGUAGCCUAUCUGAAGACUAACUACUGGGACUGUAAGGUAGACUCGGAGUCUCUCAGCCGCUGAACUCUACUCUUUGGACGCUACAGCAUCGUUAAAGUCACAUCACUGAGAUUUACAAUGGCCUCCUCACUUUGUGUCGCGGUUCUCCUCAUCGUUCUCUCCGUGCUCCUGCAGGAAGGAGCUGGACUGCCCGUGUCACAGGGACAGGUCGAGUCCUCUGGCCCGUCGGCACCGCACCAUGUCCGAAACAAACGCUGCUCCUGCAGCAACUGGAUGGACAAGGAGUGCAUCUACUUCUGCCACCUGGACAUCAUCUGGAUCAAUACACCAAGUAAAACUACCCCGUAUGGCCUGGGCAGCCCUCUGUCUCGCCGUCGCCGCUCGACAGGCCGCUGCGAGUGCCACGGCCCGAAAGACCACACCUGCAACAGCUUCUGUCACAAUAGCUCAGAAAACCCUGCCCUUGUGAUCGUCAGCCCUCAGGGUCAGCACACCAAGACAAUGCGUAGCCAAGGCAACGACCUCCUGACCUUUCUCAGGCAGGUGGCCCAGGCCAACCAGAGGGCUGUUGAACAGCAGUCUGCCUCCCCGAGGAAGAAAGGGUCGGGGACCGGCUGGCCCAGGGCCCGCUAAAGGAGGACGAUGACCGAGAUAAUGAAGAAUCGCGAGCAUCUGAACAAAAAACGUCCUCAGUGAAAGACAGAGGGAGAGACAGCCUGGGUUUGUCUCUCCAGGAGGGAGGCACACCCUCAGGGCGGUGUGUCCCCGGCGAAGUGAUGGAAGAGGACAAGAAGAAGGAGAAGGAGAAAGAGAAAGAGAAAGAGAAGAACAAGACAAGACUUGCUUUGUCCAGCUUAUUGACUUUUGAGACGCCCAAAGGGAGGUGGUGGGGCGGGAGAUUGAAAGUUUCUGAAUCCUUGAGUUUUUUGGCGCUUUGGAUUGUGGCUGGACAUUGCUGCUGCAGAUCAAAGCACAGAGUCUGACUUUGCAUCUCUGAUGGACAGCUCAGUAUGAAUGUGCUCUACACAGCACACCCAUGGUUUAACUGUCAUAACACUGGAAUGUUCUAUAGGAAUAUAAUACCACUGAGAAUCACUAUUACUUUGAAGAUCAUAUUAGCCUUUUAUACAAUGGCUACCUUUCUUAUGUACUCUCUCUAUUGGUUGUGGCAGCAUUUUAAAUGACUAUAGUUGUGUCAUUUAUCAUGGAUGCCUGAAUUUAAAUGUGCAUUUAAUAGUCAUGUAAUCGAUUGCUGGAAUAUAGUUUUACUACCAUUCAAUAGAAUUCUUUCUAUUAGGCUAUUUUCUCUGAAUCAGAGCAAAUGUAGGCUUCGUCUCAUAGAGAUGAAAUUGUCCAAUUCUGAUUGUCGCUGCUCCUCUGGACUUUUAUUAUAUUAACUAUUAUAGAUAUUCAUUCUGAACAGACUCUUAAAACGCCUCUUCUCCACGGCACUCUCUCUCUCUCUCUGCAAUGAUGUGAAGGACUUCACAGAGGGCCGUGCCCGUGACAAUAACAUCUAUUCACCCUGCUGAGUUGUAAUCAAGGUUAGCUCUGAUAUUUUACCGCAGCUAAUCUGCAGCUCUGAGGAGGCAAAGGUUGAGAUAGGAGAGCCCUGCCCGUGCCACAGACACUGCAUUAUGAACACAGAUAAACACUCCACUGCAAUAGAAGACAGGCAUCAGGUUCACUUCAAGUUAAACAAUGAAGAAAGCUCUUUUUUAUUAUUAUUAUCUCUUAUCCUUCAACUUAUCCUGCUUUCCAAGUUUUACUUUGGCAACUGGCCUUUUGUGAUGACGGAAGUAUUCAUUGCAUAGCUACUGUAUAAUGUUUUGAUUGUUCAGAACGCCAAGCAACUUUCAAUGGCUCUCGCUGUGCCAAGAAAAUGCUGUAAUUGUUUUUUCCUAUGAAACAAACUGUGGGCUAAUGUCCUUGUAAUUGCCCAUUUGAAAAGAAAGACGUGAAACCUCUGUGGAAUGUGUUUUUGUCUGGCAGUCACUGAAUAUGCACACGUCUGUCAAGGUGUGUGCUGUACAGAUGAUGUGGGGUGCCAGCGUCUCAAGUUUAAGUUCAGGAUCAUUGUGGUGUUUAUCAUAUGUUUUGUUUUUUGAUAUGAUUAUUUAUUUGUUUACUGUUCAACAAAACAAUCCUCAUCAGAAUGCUGGAUUGUUCUUCCAUUGUGACUUAUUGAGGGAAGGACAACUUUGUUUUUGUGAGAAAAUCAAGGAUACUUGAAUGUAAACUCUUAGCCUUGAAUGAGUUCCACUGAACUGUUUUCCCAUUCCUUUGUCUUAUUUAUUUAUUUAACUUAUUGGAAUUUCAUAUAUAUAUUUAUAUUUUAGAGACAUCCUUCUAUAUACCUAUUUCAAUUGAAAUGGAAAUAAAUUAUUAUGAGUA